AUGUCAAGAGCAAUUCUCGUGACUGGAGCCACCGGAAAGCAAGGUAGCUCAGUGCUACAAGCAUUGAUCUCCGCAAAGGCUGAUUUUCAGUACUUGGCUUUGACACGCAACCCCGCCUCAGCCAGUGCACAGAGACUGGCACAAAAAUCCCCCAAUAUCAAGCUGGUUGGUGGCGAUCUCGAUCAUCCAGACGAGAUCUUCCGUGCAGCGAAAGAGACAACCUCCGUGCCGAUAUGGGGAGUCUUUAGUGUCCAGCUCGCCAGCACAAAAGCGGGUGACGACACCGAAGAACGUCAAGGAAAAGCACUCAUCGACGCUUCCCUACGCAACUCCAUCAAGCAUUUUGUAUACAGCUCCGUAGACAGAGGUGGAGAACGUUUGUCCGGCGAGAACCCCACCAAUGUCGGCCACUUCAUCACCAAACACCACGUUGAGCAACACUUGUUCAACAAAACACGAAACAGCGAUAUGACCUAUACUGUUCUACGACCCGUUGCUUUCCUAGAGAACUUCGUCCCCGGCAUGUUCGGCAAGGUAUUUGCGACACUACUACGCAACAUGUUGAAAGGGAAGCCGCUGCAAUUGAUAGCAACCAGUGACAUCGGUCACUUUGCAGCACAGUCGUUUCUUCACCCUGAAGAAUGGCGGAACCGGUGUAUCUCACUGGCCGGUGACGAGUUGACUUUUGAUCAAUUCAAAAAGAUCUAUGAGCGUAAAACGGGCCAGACUCUGCCUACGACGUUUGGCUUCCUUGCCUGGUUUAUCCUUUGGAUGAACAAGGAUCUCCAUGAUAUGUAUAAGUGGUUCGAAACAGAUGGCUAUGGCGUGGAUAUCCCAGCUCUGAAGAAACAGUAUCCAGGCUUGAAGAACUUUGAGACAUGGUUAGCUACAGAGUCUCAAUUCACGACAAAAUGA